CUAUAUAGUAUAUAUGCUGUUCUUGUUAGAGUUUGACCAAUGGAUCAUUCUCUGAAUUGUUCAUCCAGAGGCAGAGCAGUGGCUGGCAGCAAAACCCCAAAUGGUUCUGAUGGGGAAAGUGGAUGGACAUCUUACUUGCAAGAUUUCUCAAAGGGCAUAGAGCCAAGUUACUGUUCCAGUUUGGAUGGCUCCUCUUUGCUCUCAGAUGCUGCUUCUUCUGCUGCAUGGAAAUUUUCUCAUCACAAUCAUCUCCUCUCCAGUGCACCAAAUCUACCCAAAAAACUAUGUUUCAAGAAAGCAAGAGCCAAACAGAUAUCAGAAGAUGACCCUUUGGAAGACACUGCUAGCUCUCCAGUCAAUAGCCCCAAGGUCAGAGACUUGAAUCAAACUGAAAUCAGUUCCAGGAAGGUUGAUGAUCAACUAGAAGGUUCUAUGGGUAAGGGAAUCACAUCAUCAGGGCCUUAUUCAGAUUUGAAGAUGGAUGAUGAUAAGCAUGAUUUGAAUUUUAAUGGAAAGAAUAUUGAUUGCAAAGACUUGAAGAAAAGGGGGCUAUGCUUGGUUCCUUUGUCUUUGUUGGUUAAUUAUUUGGGGUGACUGAUACUUUUGUCUAUAUACCUUCUCUCUCUCUCUCUAUCUUUCUGCCCCUCCUUGUCUCCUUUUCUUUGUGAUCUUCUGUGUAACUCAAAUUAUGGAAUUGUAUAUUAAAGAGCAUGAUCAGUGACUGUGAUGUAUAAUCUGUAUGUGAUUAUGUGUAUAUUGAUCCUAGUUACUAGUUAGCAGUUUGAUAAAUUUGUGUUUGGUAA